AUCACUCCCGCAGAGUUCACCAUCAGUCCUUCCUCGGCUGACGAAGCGUACAGCAACGACGCACAGACCAAACACUCAACCGACUCGGUGGUGUCUGAAGAAGACGUUGAAGAACAAGGAAAGGCAAAGAACGUCUGGUUACAGCUCGUCUAUAUUGAACCGCAUGACCUAUCGCCUACUGAUGG